AUGGAUUUGUUUGCUGUAGCCACUACUAAAUUCACACUUGAGCUGUACAGGCAGCUCAGAGAAUCAGACAACAACAUCUUCUAUUCCCCCAUCAGCAUGAUGAGAACAUUAGCAAUGCUUCUGCUUGGAGCCAAAGCAAACACUGAACAACAAAUUAAGAAGGUUCUUCAUUUCAAUGAAACCACAAAGAAAACAACAGAAAAAUCUGCAGAAUCUCAUGUAAAAAAUGUGCAUCAACAAUUUCAAAUGCUUAUGACUCAGUUAAACAAAUUCAAUAAUGCUUAUGACCUAAAGGUUCCCAACAGUAUCUAUGGAGCAAAGGAUUUCCCAUUUCUCCAGACAUUUUUGAAAGACAUUAGGAAAUAUUACCAAGCUAACGUGGAAUCACUUGAUUUUGCACAUGCAGCUGAGGAAAGCCAAAAGAAGAUUAAUUCCUGGAUGGCAAGGCAAACAAAUGGAAAAAUCAAGGACUUAUUUCCUAGUGGGAGCCUGAACAGUAGCACUAUACUGGUUCUGGUGAAUGCAGUGUAUUUCAAAGGACAAUGGAAUCACAAAUUUGAUGAAAAGCAUACCAGAGAAGAAAAGUUUUGGCUGAACAAGAACACAAGUAAACCUGUCCAGAUGAUGAAACAAAGAAACAAAUUUAACUUCAUCUUCCUGGAGAAUGUGCAGGCCAAGAUUGUGGAAAUACCAUACAAAGGCAAAGAGCUAAGUAUGUUUGUCCUGCUGCCAGUGGAAAUCGAUGGACUGAAGAAGUUUGAAGAACAACUCACUGCUGACAAGUUACUACAGUGGACAAGAGCAGAGAAUAUGCAUAUGACCGAGUUGUAUUUAUCUUUGCCUCAGUUCAAAGUGGAAGAGAAGUAUGAUCUCCGAGUUCCAUUGGAACACAUGGGGAUGGUCGACGCCUUUGAUCCACAGAAGGCUGACUUCUCUGGCAUGAGCAAUAGUCAAGGUCUCGUGGUGUCUAAAGUUUUACACAAGUCCUUUGUGGAGGUAAAUGAAGAGGGUGCAGAAGCAGCCACUGCCAUGAGUGUGGAAUCUCGCUCAUUAUCUGUACCAAAGCCCAAUGAUUUCUCUUGUAAUCACCCUUUCCUAUUUGUUAUGAAGCAAAACAAGACCAAUAGCAUCCUCUUCUUUGGCAGAGUGUCUUCCCCUUAACUGGAGUGGUUCUGCCAUGUGUCCAGAAAA